AUGCCAUUCAUCGAGAACCAGUCCACAACGGCAGAACCCAUCGUCCCAGUGGACGUCAAGGGGAAAGAUGCCUUCCAUAAGCUAGUAGACGACCUCAGUGCUGUCCUUGGGCCAUCGUCGGGUCUUGACUCUGACGACGUCGACCCCAAGGACAUCCAGAAGUUGAUGGAAGGAUACAUAUCGAACCACGAGGAGUGGCAGCGAUAUGCAUUGGCAGAUGAGUCCAGAGCCUAUACCAGAAACCUCGUAGAUGAGGGCAACGGCAAGAGUAACUUGCUCAUCCUCGUCUGGAAUCCGGGCAAGUCCAGUCCAAUCCACGACCAUGCUAACGCUCAUUGUGUAAUGAAGAUCUUGCAUGGUUCUCUCAAAGAGAACCGAUACGACUGGCCGGAGCAGGACAAAGUCAACAACGGCGAAGCCUGCCCCCUAACAGUGACCAAGGAGACCAUCCUUCGGGAGAACGAAGUGGCAUACAUGUCCGACAAGCUUGGCCUGCACAAGAUCUCGAACCCAGAUCCAAAUAACUUUGCAAUCUCUCUGCACUUGUAUACUCCUCCAAACGCAGCUCACUUUGGCUGUUCUAUGUUUGACGAGAAGACAGGCAAGUCUCAUCACGUCAAGCAAUGUACCUUCUUCUCCAACAGGGGCUUGAAGCUGUAA